UGGUGUGCUGAAUCAUGGACUGGCUUGCAGCGCCCACCGCGUCUUUUUAAUGCACCGGCAGCAGCGCGAAAGGCCCCGGUUGAUCCACUGAGAUGUGGCCGCACACCUAAGUCAGCUGUCUGCCUCCACCAUGACGGGCAUCAUGGUGUCUUGCAGAGCUAGCGGCGGUGGGUUCUGCUUUGGUCCAUAAGUCCCUCCUCCUCCGGCAGUUUCUAUCAUUCUCAAAAGUGUACAAGUCUAGAGUACGAGUGCGGCGCAGCUCCAGGGCAAAAUCUGGCACAAUUAGCUACAGCUCUCAGGUCGACAAGCUACACGCCAGGAUAGCCCUCGGCAUUCAUCCUAUUUAAACUUCGUGGCGUCGAUCCCUGACUAUCUAGCCUUGCUUAAGCUAGCUUUAGCAGGUGUCUCACGUCGCGCAGACUUGGCCCGACAGCCACCAAAACGAACCCGAAGGUUCCCACUACAGCGACCCAGGCACAAUCCCACAUAUCCCGUGUGAAUGUUACCUACCGACGACUCGCUUCUCCUCUAGUAGCACUCCACCCUCAAUUCUCUUUCUCUUCAUAUAUAUUUUCGCUACUGAAGACGAGCUUGAUCUAGCAAGCGGCUCAUCUCUCAACAUUGUCUUUGUCUUCGCGUUGGCAGCCGCCAAUCGAUCGACCUUUAUACUACCAACAAUACGUCGCCAACCGAUACUGAGCGCCCACUUCGGCUCCACGCUGGGCAACCCGCCGCGGCCAUGGCCAUGAACGCCUUUGGAAUUGAAGUAUGGGCCAAAUAUGGCGUUGCCAUGUUCAUCAUGAUUGUACGAUUUAUAGUGCGGUGGAAGAUGAUAGGAUGGCGGAAUUUUGACGGCACCGACUUCUGGUGUGUCGUUUCUGCAUCUUGUUAUACGAUUGUGUCGACCUGCGAUUACCUCCUUAGCACACCCGGCUACCCAACCAAUAUUGGCUUAGACGAAGUUACAGCCAUGCAAGUCCCCGACAGCCAGAUUCCUGCAAUUGUUGUUGGUUCAAAGAUUGCUCACUUCUCAUGGACCAUUUAUAUAUGUAUGAUCUUUUCGUUCAAGGGAGUCAUGCUAUGCUUGUUCCGCAAACUCGGCACCGAUAUUUGGAGGCAAGAAAUACUUGUGCGCGUUACCAGCGUCAUCGUUAUUGUUUCAUGGCUCGCCUCCGUCCUAACACAUCUGCUCGCAUGCCUACCAAUAGAGAGGUUUUGGCAAGUGAAACCAUAUCCCGGUCCAUUAUGCACCACAAGACCGCAAAACUAUUAUGUUGCCGGUAUUUUAAACAUGGUAACGGAUGCAAUGAUUAUUGCUAUCCCCAUGCCCAUGCUCUGGCGUCUUCAAGUGCGGUUACGCCGUAAGCUGGCUCUCGGCGCCCUUUUCUGCUCAGGCAUCUUCAUCAUUAUAUGCAGUGUGCUGCGCACCAUUUACUCGUUAUCAAGCUUAUCCGACCAAGAAACUGCCGAAGCAUGGGCAGGCCGCGAAGGCUUUGUAUCCAUGUUAGUCGUCUCUGCACCUGGCCUCUGGCCGCUGGUGCGGAAUUCAAAGUGGUUUACUUCCACGGAUGAUCGCUACAACGAGAAUGACGGCAGCGGAAAGACAGGGAGCAAGAAGCAUUCCACAUUGGCGUCAAUUCGCUGGCCGGGCUCUCGCAAUAAACGCCCACGAGACCCUCUCGAUACUGAUUUCAUGGACGAAGGAUACCAACUUGAAUCAUCGCCGCCUACCCGUGGCAUGGGCUCCGAGGGAUUCGAAGCUCAUAGCAGAGACAAUAUCGCCAGCGGCGAUAAUCGGCCAUCGACCAUAACAGGAACUACGAAGCACGGCAGCGAUGAGGAGCUAGGUAUGCCUAUCACAGUAACGACAGAGUAUACCAUUCACCACGAGACCAUCAAUCCCAGCACACCAAAUCCUGACAACGCAACCGCCAGACGGACAGGCUGGUAAUAUAUCCCGUGUACAUCCACACGGCCUGUAUAUAGACAUCAUUUUGAAA